AUGGAGAGCCAGCGCUGCUUCGCCAACCGCUUCGAUGACUACCCGGGCAGCCCCGCGGCGGCGCCGGACAGGGACGCGGCGGUGCCGCUGGUGACGGCCACCAUCGAGCGCAUCCUGCGGGAGCUGCCGCCCCUGGGCGGCCCCCGCGGCUGCCCGGGCGGGCUGUACGGCGGCGUGGCCGGCGUGGCCUACAUGCUGUACCACGUCGCGCAGUGCCCGCUGUUCGCGCCGUCGCGGGACUCGUACCUGCGGGCCGCCCGCCGCGUCGUGGACGCCUGCCUGCGCUACCAGGAGGGAUGCGGCGAGGCCGACGCCGAUACCCGCGCCGCCUUCCUGCUGGGCGGCGCCGGGGUGUACGCGGUGGCCGCGCUGGUCUACCGCGCCCUGGGGCUGCCCGACUACGCGCGGCCGCUGGGCAAGUUCAGGGAGCUGAGCGAGGUGUGCGCCCCGCUCUCCUUCCUCGAGUGCGGCUCCGACGAGCUGUUCGUGGGCCGCGCUGGGUACCUGUGCGCCGCGCUGGUGCUGAAGCAGCGGCUGGGCAUGGAGGUGCUGACCGCAGCACAAAUUAAAUCGAUUUGCCUGGCCAUACUAGAAUCAGGAAAACAGUAUGCAGUGAAGAAGAGGAAACCAGUCCCACUGAUGUAUUCCUACUAUGGAACAGAGUAUCUUGGUGCAGCACAUGGGCUUUCCUCAAUCCUGCAGAUGUUGCUCUCCUAUUAUGAGUACCUGCAGCCAGCAGAUCAGGAGCUCGUGUGGCAGAGUGUGGAUUUCCUGAUGGACCAGGAGCAGAACAGCAACUGGCCCCCCGAGCUGGGGGAGACAAUCGAGCGGGAGAACGAGCUGGUGCACUGGUGCCAUGGAGCUCCAGGCAUUGCAUAUCUGUUUGCCAAAGCUUACCUGGUUUCCAAGAAGCCUCAAUAUCUGGACACUUGUAUCCGCUGUGGAGAGCUCACCUGGCAGAAAGGCCUGCUGAAGAAGGGCCCUGGAAUAUGCCACGGGGUGGCUGGUAGUGCUUACGUGUUCCUGCUGCUGUACAGGCUCACUGGGAACUCCAAAUACAUAUACAGGGCACAAAGGUGUGUGGAAGCCUUUUACAUUUACUUCCGUGCUGACAGAGUUGAAGAGCCCUAUGUCAGCAUCACAAAGAAGAGGCAGAUUCCCAAGGAUGGGUACUCAGAAGAAAUUGAGAAGGAAGUGGGACAGGCUGAAGGCAAGCUGUGCACACACAGGUCUGCAUUCAGCAGGGCCUCUGUGAUCCAGGCGUUCCUCGGCUCAGCGCCCCAGCUCACGCUCCAGCUCUACAUCUGUGUCCUGCAGCAGGAGGUCACGGUUGCCAGAAGUAUUUUUAUGGUGCUUUCUCUCCUGUCGAUUGUUUACGGCGCCUUACGCUGCAACAUCCUGGCUAUUAAGAUAAAGUACGACGAUUACGAUGUCCGUGUGAAACCUGCUGCCUACCUCUGCAUAUUCAUGUGGAGGAGCUUUGAGAUCGCCACACGGGUCACUGUGCUGGUGCUUUUCGGUUCAGUCCUUCGAAUCUGGGUUUUCCUCAUCGUGCUACUGAAUUUCUUAGGUUACUUCUUCUACCCAUGGAUUCUCUUCUGGCUUAGCAAGUCGCCAUUUCCUGAGAACAUAGAGAAGGAAUUGAGCAGGGUGGGCACUACCAUCGUCCUGUGCCUUCUCACGUUCCUGUACGCUGGCAUUAACAUGUUCUGCUGGUCGGCAGCGCAGGUGGAGCUCAGUGACCCUGACUUGAUUAGCAAGUCCCAGAACUGGUACCAGAUGACCGUGUACUACAUUGUGCGGCUGAUGGAGAACGCCUUCCUCCUGCUGAUGUGGUACAUUUACAGAACAGACUUCUACCUGUAUGUCUGCGCCCCAAUGUUGUUCCUGCAGCUCCUGAUAGGUUACUGCAUGGGCAUCUUCUUCAUGUUGGUGUUCUUCCAGUUCUGUCACCCAUGCAAAAAGCUUUUCUCCGCCAGCAUUACCGAAGCUUUGCUGUCCUGUUUCAAGAUCCUCUACUUUAUUUGCCAGCAUCACAAAUCCUCUCUACUGAAAGGCAAGGUAGCGAUGAAAUCUCCUGAAAAUACCGAUGAGGCACGGGGCAGUAGCAAGACAAUAGAUUCUCAGAACAGGAGUGUUCAUCAAAGUGUUUCUUCCAAUGCCUAGUACAACUGGAAGCAAGUAGGUGCCUUUGGAAGGUGGCAGAUCACCUGCUGGGAACAUUGUGUAUCUUAGAUAUUGUGUCUUGUGGGUAGGAUUUCUUUCUUGCAGGUGUAGCACUGCAUGAUGGCUGACAUGCCUGUUUUUGUGGAGAACAGUGUAUGAGUAUUUGUGUCUGUGUGUGUUUGUGUAUGGAGAGCAAUCGUUGUUUGUAGAUUUCUAUUUCAGAGCCUUUUUGCACAUAGAUUUAUUGUCACAUGCUUAUUUUAAGUCAUUAUUGGAGACAUCAUUCAGAAACUGUCCUGAUGCUCAUCUUACUCAGGAAGUCUAAGGAUGGAAGGCAAUGAGUAUUAUUUCAGAUAGGGUGUCCCAUGGCAUGCCAUCCUAGCAUGGAAACAGA